UGGAAAUCCCGCGGAGUGAGCGCUCUGUCCGCUCCCACUCUCCGCCCUGCUCGGUGAGUCUCCGCAGGUGAAGCAGCCGCAGGACGGAGGAAUGUAACGGCUGUCGGUGCUUCACGAGCAUGGAAACCACAGUGGAUCCUUUCAGCGGAAUCAGACAGUAAAAAAUCCAGCUUUCGGAUAUGAGAAACCAGCGCAGGAUCAGCGGCGGCUGCUGGUGACGCUCCGGGUUACUUCGUCCAGGUGUGGCGGCUCCACCUGCCGUCUGACUCAGUGUCGUGUGAAGGGAUUUUAUUGUGUGUUUCGGACUGUGUGUCCGUGUUUGUUGUGUUGGAGCUCACAAUGCCGGAGCUGAUCAGCGUGACGGACUUUAUCGCGGAGACCAAUGAGGACUACAAAGCUCCCACCACCUCCAGCUUCACCACUCGGAUGUCCCACUGCAGGAACGCGGUGGCGGCUCUGGAGGAGGCUCUGGACGUGGACAGAUCGGUUCUGUACAAGAUCAAGAAGUCAGUGAAGGCCAUCAAUACGUCUGGUCUGGCUCAUGUGGACAAUGAGGAGCAGUACAUCCAGUCCAUGGAGAAGUUUGGGGACAACUGUGUGUGCAGGGAGGACGCCGAGGUCGGCUCUGCCUUCCUCAAAUUCGCCGUUUUCACCAAAGAGCUGACGGCGCUUUUCAAAAACCUGAUGCAGAACAUGAACAACAUCAUCACCUUUCCUCUGGACAGUCUGCUGAAGGGAGAUCUGAAAGGAGUGAAAGGGGAUCUGAAGAAGCCGUUUGAUAAAGCCUGGAAGGAUUACGAAACCAAACUAGCAAAAAUCGAGAAGGAGAAACGGGAGCAUGCCAAGCAGCACGGCAUGAUUCGAACAGAGUUUAGUGGAGGAGAGAUCGCUGAAGAGAUGGAGAAGGAGAGACGAAUGUUCCAGCUGCAGAUGUGUGAGUAUCUGGUAAAAGUGAAUGAGAUCAAAGUGAAGAAAGGCGUCGACUUCCUCCAGAACCUCAUCAAGUUUUUCCAUGCUCAGUGCAAUUUCUUUCAGGAUGGACUGAAAGCUGUGGAGAGCCUGAAGCCAUCUGUGGAGAAACUGGCCACAGACCUGACCACGAUCAAACAGUCGCAGGAUGGAGAGAGGAAGCAGCUGAUUCAGCUCCGAGACGUCCUGAAGGCCUCCCUGCAGUCGGAGCACAAAGAGGACGCUCAGGCGAAGCAGAACGCAGGUUACAGCCUCCAUCAGCUGCAGGGAAACAAGGCCCACGGCACCGAGCGCUCCGGAGUCCUCUACAAGAAAAGUGAGGGACUGAGGAAGGUUUGGCAGAAGAGGAAGUGCUCAGUGAAGAACGGCUUCCUGACCAUCUGCCACGGGACGGCAAACAGACCUCCAGCCAAACUCAACCUGCUCACCUGCCAGGUGAAGAGGAAUCCCGACGAGAAGAAGAGCUUCGACUUGUUCUCACAUGACAGAACCUACCACUUCCAGGCUGAGGACGAGGCAGAGUGUCAGAUAUGGGUGUCGGUGCUGCAGAAUAGUAAGGAGGAGGCGCUCAACAAGGCCUUCAAAGGCGACCAAGAUGAAGGCGAGAACAACAUCAUCCAGGAGCUGACCAAAGCCAUCGUAGGAGAGGUGAAAAGGAUGAGCGGCAACGAUGGCUGCUGCGACUGCGGAGCUGCAAGUCCCACCUGGUUGUCCACCAACCUUGGGGUGCUGAUCUGCAUUGAGUGUUCAGGGAUCCACAGGGAGAUGGGGGUCCACUACUCCAGGAUCCAGAGUCUGGACCUGGACGUCCUGGGAACCUCCGAGCUGCUGUUGGCGAAGAACAUAGGAAAUGCUAGCUUCAACGAGAUCAUGGAGGCGGACCUGUCAGCGCAGGGUGUGACCAAACCGAAUCCGACGAGUGACAUGCAGAUGAGGAAGGACUACAUCACAGCAAAGUACACCGAGAAGCGCUUCGCCCAGCGGCAUUGUGCCGACGCUGCGUCCAGACUGCAGCUUCUGUAUGAGUCCGUCAGAAACAGAGACAUCCUGUCUCUCAUCCAGGUCUACGCUGAGGGGGUGGACCUGAUGGAGGCCAUCCCACAACCCAAUGAACACGAACCUGGAGAAACAGUGCUCCAUCUGGCGGUCCGAAUGGUAGACAGAAACUCCCUUCACAUUGUUGACUUCCUCGCCCAGAACGGGUCUACUCUGGACAAGCAGACGGCCAGAGGAAGCACAGCGCUGCAUUACUGCUGCCUGACGGACAACAGCGAGUGUCUCAAACUGCUGCUGAGAGGAAAAGCUUCAGUGUCCAUCACAAACGAAGCAGGAGAAACACCGCUGGACAUCGCGAAACGUCUGCGACACAGUCAGUGUGAAGAACUGCUCACUCAGGCUCAGACAGGAAAGUUCAACGUCCACGUUCACGUUGAGUACGAGUGGCGUCUCCAAAACGAGGACCUGGACGAGAGCGAGGACGAGAUGGAGGACAAGCCCAUUCCUAACCGCCGAGAGGACCGUCCGGUCAGCUGCUUCGUCCCCGGCAGCAGCGGAAUGCAGCCCAACCUGGCAGUGCUGGCCCGGGACGCCGCCGUUCUGGCCCGGGACAAACAGAGGCCACAAAUCCAAAGCACUAUGAUCAGCAACGAGACCUACGGCACCAUGUUGGACCUGAAGCUGCCUCCACAGGGACCGACACCACCGCUGCCCCCCAGAGCACCAAACAGAGGUCCAGGUCUUAAUAUACCUGCUACUAUAGAAUCAGUGGGAAGACAGCGUUCGUCCUCAGACCCUCCCAACCUUCAAGUCCCUGAGAGGAACUCCUCCAUGUACGUUCUCCCAGCAGCUCCUCCUCCUCCGCCAGUCAGCAAAAGGUCCAGCAUGUUGGACACCAAGCCUGUCUCAGCCAAGAACACCCCCCUCCCUCCUCUGCCUUCCCCACCAACAGGACUCCCCUCUGCCCCAGCCCCUCCAGCGCCCUCCAUCCCGCUGCCACCCCACAACAAAGCUCCACCACACCCACCACCUGUGCCCAGCCACCAGACCAGCAGACCACCGGGACCACCAGGACCCAAGUCCCCCAAAUCUCCCACUGCAUCAGUGAAGCGUCCUCCUCAGAGACCUCCACUCAGGACGGCAUCUGUGGACAAACGAGGGUCUCAACUCAGAUCCCCCCAAAGUCCUCCAACACCCAAACCCAGAACCACCUUUUCUAAGCAGAAGCCUCAGAGGGUGAAGGCCAUCUACAACUGUUCUGCUGAUAAUCCAGACGAGCUGACGUUCAGUGAGGGGGAGGUGAUUGUGGUGGAGGGGGAGGAGGACAACGUGUGGUGGAUCGGUCACGUUGAAGGAGAGCCGAGCAGACGGGGAGUGUUUCCUGUCACCUUCGUUCACUUCAUCACAGAAUGAUCGGACACGAUUCACAUCCCGUUCACUUGUUCUCCAGCAGCAGUCAGUCUGAGUGGAAACAUCCAGGACAAAAACUCAAACCUGACCCUCCUCUGGAUCGAUCAGGAGGCUCGAGCUCGACCUCAGACCCAACGUCAGAAUGAACCGAAGUAAAGCGCUGAAGCGUGUUUCACCUGACGCCUUCAGCCCCAACUUUACUCCCUGAUAAUGAACAUUUAGGACAUGAACACUGGACCCUGCAGAAGACUUCCUUGGAUUCAUGUUCAGAGAGAUUUAUUUUAAAUGCUCAAGAGAGAUCUUAAGGUUUCCAAAGGGGCCAAAUCCAAAGGAACGUAAAAAAUGAAGCAGUUAACGAAUAAGCAUAUUUUGCUCAGUGGAAAUACAACAGAAUUUCAGUGAAGAAUUGGAAUAGCAGUACACAGUAAAUUUCAUGUACUGAUUUAUUGUCUUUUUAGGCUGAUUAUUUUAUCAAAAAAUAGCAACUUUAUUCAGAAGUCACACAGUACCGAAAUACUUCACUCUGCCUUCACAUAGUUUCUUAAGGAGCUUUUUUCAGAAGAUUGACUUUAAUUUAUUAAUUACAGUCCACAUAGGAGUUUCUGUUUUUGAUUGUCUCUAACUGUCCGAGUACUAUUAAAACUCAUUGAAAUGACAGUAACACAUACACCGCCAGUCAUUCAAAGUCUCAUUCAGUGGUUUUUAUUUAGUUAUUUUAUACAUUGCAGAUUAAUACUGAAGACGUAACUAUAAAAUAAUACAUAUAGAAUUAUGCUGUAAACAAAAAUAUGUUAAUCUUUAAUAUUAGUCUGCAAUGUAGGAAAACAUACAAAUAAAUAAAAAGUAUUGAAUGAGGAGGUGUGUUCAAACUUUUGACUGGUAAUGCACAUUUACAAUUUAAAACAUGUAAGUAUGUGAUUUAAAGCCAAAACCACCAUUAAAACCAAAACACCUUUGGGAGGUACAAGUUUGGACUCUGCAACAGGUUCAACAAAAGACAGAAACCAGGGAUAUGGAGGCCGUCCACACACUUUUGCUAUGCUACUAUACAAUAUUGUGAGAGACUAAUAAACAUGACACUUGUUCUGCUGCUGGCAUCAAACUUGUGACAUUACAGCUGAAAAAUACUGUUUAUGUUUCUAAACUAUUUCAGGACAAACAUCAAAGUCCAGGUUUUACUAAAUGAAAAUUAUUUUUAUUAUCUUAACGUUUUGGCUGAAGGGUUGCAGGGAAACUGUGGAUGAGAGGUUGAGGGAAGAAUAUGAAAACCUUUUUGGAUUUUACUAUAUUCUCACUUUAUUAAAAACACCUCAAGUGUAACUGUGUCUAAAA